AAGGAAAUUUACGCUUUUAAAAAUGGCACACAUUGUUAUCAUCCACAACUCCAACAACCGUAUUUCCUCCCCUCAUUCUUGAUCCGCAAAAGGAAAUUUUACAAUCAUGGUCGACGAUCACCAAAUAAUUAGCGUUCCCUUAUUGGAAGAAUCAACACCAAUAUUACAAUCUCAUGAUAGAGACGACGAUCAAAAUUCGGAGGAUCUUGUGAGACGAGUGUGGAUUGAAUCUAAGAAGUUAUGGUAUAUCGUCGGCCCUGCAAUCUUAAGCAGAGUAAGCACCCACUCCGUCAUGGUUACCUCCCAAGCCUUCGCCGGCCACUUGGGUGACCUUGAUCUUGCCGCCAUUUCCAUCGCCCUCAACGUCAUCAUCGGUUUUGAUUUGGGACUAAUGAUGGGCAUGGCGAGCGCAUUAGAGACACUAUGUGGGCAAGCAUAUGGGGCGAAGAGGCACUACAUGCUGGGAGUGUAUUUGCAGCGCUCAUGGAUGGUUCUGUUCAUGUGCUGCGUUUUGCUGUUGCCGGUGUUCAUAUUCGCAUCACCGAUUCUGAAGGCGAUAGGGGAGGGUGAUGAGUUGGCGGAACUAGCGGGGGUUUUAGCCAGAUGGUUAAUUCCAUUGCAUUUUAGCUUUGCGUUUUAUUUUCCAUUGCAGAGAUUCUUGCAGAGUCAAGUGAAGGCGAGGGCGAUUAUGUGGGUAGCGGUGGUGGGGCUUGUAGUGCACGUGGCAGCGAGUUGGGUGUUUGUUGGUUUUUUGAAAAUGGGAGUAGUGGGGAUAGCGGUGGCAUGUGAUAUUUCUUGGUGGGUUCUGCCGAUUGGGCUGAUGGGUUAUAGCGCCGGCGGUGGCUGUCCUUACACUUGGACUGGAUUCUCACUCGAAGCUCUUUCUGGUCUUUGGGAUUUCCUUAAGCUCUCUGCUGCUUCUGGGGUUAUGCUAUGCUUAGAGAAUUGGUAUUACAAAAUAUUGAUAGUGAUGACUGGAAAUAUGAAGAACGCCAAGAUUGAAGUGGAUGCUUUAUCCAUCUGCAUGGGCAUCAACGGAUUAGAGUUUAUGAUCCCACUAGCAUUCUUUGCGGGUACAGGAGUAAGAGUAGCAAAUGAGCUGGGAGGCGGCAAUGGAAAAGGAGCCAAGUUUGCAGCCAUUGUGGCAUCAACAACAUCAUUAGUAAUUGGCCUUUUCUUUUGUUGUUUAAUUGUAAUAUUUCAUGACAAAUUUGGUCUUCUUUUUUCCUCUUCCGACAUCGUUCUUCAAGAAGUCAAUAGACUCAGUAUCCUCUUGGCCUUCACUAUCCUCUUCAACAGUAUCCAGCCAGUCCUCUCUGGAGUGGCGGUUGGAUCAGGUUGGCAAUCUUACGUAGCUUAUAUAAAUUUGGGUUGCUAUUAUUUCAUUGGCUUGCCUCUCGGCAUUUUCACACUUAGGUUUACUCACCUUGGUGUUAAGGGAAUUUGGUUAGGGAUGAUAUUUGGAGGAACAGGAAUUCAGACCAUGAUAUUGCUCAUCAUUACUAUUCGAUGUGAUUGGGAAGAAGAGGCCAAGAAAGCAACUUUGCGGAUUCAGAAAUGGACAGAUCAAAAGUUUUUGCCAAAGCAAUGAGAAGAUUUAGUUUCAUUAUUAUUACAGAUCUAAUAUAUCCAAUCUAGUUUUAUAUAUGGAGCUUCAAUUAACCAUUUAAAUGAAGUAAUUUUUUUUUUAAAAGUCUCUUUUUUUUUUUUUUUUUGUUUAUGUAGAAUAUGCAACCCCUUGUGGUUCAAUUUAUUGAAUGUAGGAACAAGAUUAGGGA